AUGGGCCGCGAUGGCCAUGAGCCGCUUCCUACUGAAGAAGUUGUUGAUACAGCAGUAGAAGAAGAGCCAGAUCGAGGGCAAUGGACGGGAAAGUUUGACUUCCUCAUGAGCAUGAUUGCAUAUGCUGUAGGACUU